GGGUGGGGGAAGUUAGAAAGGGGGCGGUGGAGGUGGAGGCCAUUUUGGCUCCACGGUGAAAGUAAGAGAGAGUGAGGAAGAGGGCGCUGGAGUAAGGAGCGCCGGCCUCGCCUGGCCCCAGCGCUUCGACCCUCUCCUUUCUCUCUCCGCCCCAGUAUCCCCCACUCUCGCCAUGUCUGACGCGCCCGCCGGCGACGGCCGCUCUGACGAGACCGGCGACGAGAAACAGGAUACGCAGGAGAAGGAAGCAGUUGUCCCCGAGAGAGCCGAAGAGGCGAAGCUAAAAGCCAAAUACCCGAACCUGGGACUCCAGAAGCCCGGCGGUUCUGACUUCUUAAUGAAAAGACUCCAGAAAGGGCAAAAGUACUUCGACUCCGGGGACUACAACAUGGCCAAAGCAAAGAUCAAGAAUAAGCAGCUGCCAGCCGCGGGACCCGACAAGAACCUUGUGACGGGCGAUCACAUCCCGACACCGCAGGAUCUGCCUCAGAGGAAAUCCUCCCUUGUCACCAGCAAGCUGGCAGGGUAGCCUGCACAAUCCUGGCAGGUGCCUCUCCUUCUCCUCCUCCUCCUUUCCCCGCUCCCCUGGUUUGGUUUGGUGAUAUAUAAUUUUUUUUUGGCGUCCAACCAAUUGAACUUUGCUGUAUCAUUGGACUGGGACUUGCAGGACUCUCAUAGCCUUUGGAAAUAUUUAUCGUAAUCCAACCCAGAAGCCGAGACACUUGGACGCCUUUGUGGUUCUGAUUUGCAUCUUCUUGCAAUGGCCCCAGCCUCUCUGUGUGUGUGUGUGUGUGGACCCUUCCGGGUCAACACUUGCUUCCUUAGCUUGCCUGUGGGGGCUCGCUUGCAUUCUGUGUCUUCGGCCAUGAUGGCGCCUUCCCGCUGCUUUUCUCUUCGGAGCUGGGGAAGACCAGAGAACGAGGAAUCCCGCAAGCUUGGCGUUUGUUCAGAGCUGGCAGACAGACUGCGCCGUUCAGUGCUGUUCAAAGGGAGCCGGAGAACACACUCACAUUAGCUUGACGAUAUACUGAGCAUUUCUCAAACGCUUUUGCGUGUACGCAGCGCUUCGCAUCCAUGGCCGUAAUCCCAACCCUGCGAGGUAGGGCAGUAUUGGUAUCCUCUGUAUUCCGAGGCAGGGAGUGGAGGCUGAGAAAGAGGGGACUCCCUUAAGGGCCACUUCGUCAGCUUGUGAUUCGAACGGGGCACUUUGCGUUUGGAGCUCACUGCACCAGCUCUUAGAAGAGCCCUCGAGGCAGGCCAAGAAUUUCACUUCCUACUUCCAACCCAGCCAUACGCCUCCAGAAUGCUCACAAGCGAGGUGCGAAGGCAAGCACUGCCCCUAUUCUCUGACCCCAGCAGCCGGUACUCAGUUAUACUGCCUCUGAACAUGGAGGUUCUGUUUUGCUGUCUUGGCCGAUGGCUGCCGCUAGGUCCUGUCCUUUGUGAAGCUGCUUUUGAAAUCCACUCAGCCGGCCACACCGAGAUGCAGUGAUUUUUCGAGCACGAGUGAAUUGGUUGCUGCUUUAGGCUAGUGAGGCCUCGGUCAGCACUUUUUGGGGUUGGGUGACGCUUGUUCCUCUUGGCCAAAUUUAGAAAUUGCUGAGGAAGGCCAGGGUGUGGCUGUGAUUUGCACCUGCCCUAGCCCUUCUGCACAUCUCCCCAGGGAGAGCUGCAUCCUACUCUGAAGGCUACCCGGUUUCUCUACUGCCCACAUAGCUAUUAAGACCUGGGUGUGAAGGUGGGUUCCACUCUCACUUUGGCUGGGCCAGGCACCUGCCACCGUCAUGCAGUGAAACAGCAAGCUCCAGAGGAUGCAUGAUUCUGAUCAAACACCUUCAUUGGAUUGACUUGGCUAUUAAGAGUGUGCGAGCUUUAGGGCUUCAUAGGGCUCUUCAGCAAGGUCCAGCAGCUGGCAAGCUCCUCCCCCCUGCCCAGUUGGUGGUUUCCCUGAGGGCCCCUUUUGACAAGGACAUGGGCUGGUGGUGCACCGAAGCCCCACGCUUCUCCUGAACUGUCUGGCUGCCCGAUCUUCUUGCUCCAGCUGCUGCUCAAGCGCGGCCAUUGUUUGCCUCUGGGGUUGGCAGUUUCGGGGGCCAGGUGGAGUCUUGGCUGGGGGAACGGUUGUCGUUAGAGGGGUGCCAGUUUCUGGCUCCUGUCCCACACUGGUCUAAAAUGGUCAGUUCCACUUCCCAGGCAGCUUUUGUUGCAGCCGAGGGGAGGGACCAGAGUGCGGGACUGUGCGACUCCUGUCUUGCAGCGGGUGGGGCGGGUGUGAAAUAAAAGUGUGUGCCAAGGAAAGCAGAGCUCUGCAAUCUGGAUAGAUCAUGUCGCCUGCAGGCCUGCGCAAAUCUGUGCUGCUCUUCAGCACUUUCUGGUUUAUAGAGGAGCAAUGCAGGUCGCUGGAACCAUUACAAAAACGCUCCCAUCACCUGGCUUUUGAGACUGCCGCAAAAUCUUGCCCACAUCCUUUGAAGUUUGUGCUCGAAGCCUUUAGGACCCAAAACAUGAUUUUAACUGGAAGCUGAGAUUCCCAGGAUGUUGAGUUCUGCGACCUUUACUUAUCCCACAUACAGAAUUGUGGGUUACGUGCGGCCCUGUUUGUGGGCCUUAAAAGGUUUCCUUUUCUGGAGGAGAGAUUUUAAUUUUUAUUGGGGCUUUUUCACCAUUGUUUACAAAUAUUUAUAUAUAUAUAUAUAUACCUCCAGUGCAGCCAGAUCAUAAAUAAAAGGAAGAACGCCCCUUAUGCUGAAGGAAAGCAAGUUGGGGUCCUGCUUGAGGAGUAAGAAUUUGUAAGAUCAUUGCUGUUAGUAUAAUCAGACCCUUCAGAUCUGUGGGGCAGGGUAGCUGCAUUACACAGUCUUUAAGGGCAUGUGAGAUCCCAGAGGGCAAACCCAGAUUCUUUCCCAGAUUCAUUUCUGGGUCCUUUCAUUUGAGGAGUUGCUCCCAUCACAUGCUUCUUGCACGUGGCCAUGCGCACUGCGUCAGAUGUCUCCCCCCCCCCCCCAAAUCUGGUAUGGCUGGGCACAGCCACCGCAUGGGAAGAAGCCCCUGGUUCCUCACACCCUCUCCAGCACUUCCUGGAUUUCCAAAUGAACAAAAUUGUAGUGCCUUAACUGGGGUGGAAUAGCGCCCAAGUUUAAUACCUUAAACUUCUGACCUUCGGGCACAGAUUGACACCAUAGGCCCCGGACGGAAUCUCUUUUCCCUUGUCUGUCGCCUGCCCUCGGGCUUGCCCAGCUAGAUUUAAUAGCUGCUGUGAUAUAUGUUCUGGGAUCCUGUCUCUGGGAGACGGUUCGUGUGAAGCUGUCUGCUGAGUCAGACCCUUGAGCCGUCUAGCUCAUAGCAUUCCCAGUGACCGACGGGGACUUUGCAGUUGAUCUUUCCUGGCCCUCACUGGAGAUGUUGCCAGGGGUGGGGGUGGGGGCUUUUGCCUGCAAAUCAAGUGGUUUUCCCCCUGCUGAGCUUCAGCGUCUGGGAUGUGGAGACCUGAGGCCAGUUUGUAAGGACGUUGGGAGCACUAUCCUGCAGAGCUUUGGCCCAGCCAAGCUUUUACUCCAAGACCGCACAGAGGAGGCAUGGAAAAGGUUGCCUCCGACUAGCAAGUUGCCUGCCCCCUAGCCGUAGGCAUAGAUUUGAUAUGGCGGCGCUCAUGACUAGCAGGGCAGAGCUGCUGAGCAGCUCCAGGACUGGGGGGUGAUCAGGGCUUGUCAGAGGGGCUUUGCCCCCUCGAGUCUCCGAAAGCUUGCCAGACGGCGAGCUCUGUAGGAGGCGGAGCUCCUGUCCAAAUGGCCACCUUCUGGAAGCAAGAGGCGGCUUCUUGGACAGCCAUAGGUAGGAAGGAAAGGUGGCGCAUUGGUUUUUCAGGUGAAUCGAGAAAUGCUCUGCCCCUCUUGCGGUUUUGCUAGACGUGCUGUGUUUCUUGUAAACAUUAAAAGGAUUGGCGAGGUUUUUAAAAGCCACGCUUUUCGGGUGGCCCUCCUCCUUGUCCCACUCCUGCGCUUCCGCAGCUUCCUCGCAGCUUCCCCAGCUGCACAAAACUGCCACUCAAUUUGGCCGGGAAAGAUCACAGGGUCGAUCUGAGGGUGCUCAGCCCGCGGCCUGCUUUUCGUGAGGCCCGUCUCCUAGAGGAAAGCAGGCCUACCUUUCCCGGGAGUGCGCCCCGCACCCCUGCCAUAGAGACGUCCACUCGCAGCGAUGUGCUUGCGGAGCCCGGAGAGCUUUUUAAAAAGGGGAAAGUUUAACUGAGCAGUGCCAGUCUGCUGCAAUGCCAGCUUGGAGAGGGGGAAGCAUCGGGUGGGGUGGAGCAAAUGAGUGGCAAAGCAAAAAUAGAUGGCUGGAAUCCGCUCGUUCCUCUCUGGCCUCCCCCUCCUUCCUCUGUGGUUCGGCUGUCUUCUGUCGCCGUCCUGGGAAAGGACACAUCACGUCUGAGAGCAGCCGGCAGCCUGUCAAAAUGACAAUCGCCAUCCGUGAAUGCUGCCAGCCAGCAGGGGCCAGGGUUGUCUUUCCAGUCCUGGCUAAAUGUGCCGGCAGGUAGACUGCAUUGGCCCGGGAGUCCCCGUGGGGGUCUUCAUACCUUGGCCUGUGCUCACAUCCAGAGUGGAGGAGCUUGGGCCUGGGAGUUAAAGCAGCCCAUCUCCCCUGCCUGCGUUAACUUUUGGGACGACGUCUUGGUCAACCUGGCAACCUAGCAGGCUUCUUCGAGGCGGGGAGGUGAAACCGACGCUAGGGUCGAGGCGGGGAGCUGCCUCCACUGCUACCUGACUUCCGCUUGGCAUUGCUGUGCAUACACGCCAAUUAAGUUGGUACUUGCAGAAAGGACAAGGGUGCGCAUCCAUCCUUUGGGCCUGAAAGUGGCCCGGCCUAGAGCAAGCCACAUUGAGAAGUGCAGCUGGCAAGGUCUCCUUCCUGGACUUCUGUGCAAGGCGGUCAGCGGGGUGAACUUGCAUUGCCGCUUCCGUUGCUGGAGUCCCGAGGCAAGUGUUUAAUUUGUAAUCAUGUGGAAGCCGUUCUGGCUGUUCAUCGUCUCAAGGAGGUGGGCUGGCUGGGGCUGGCAGCACCUCUCACUUUGUAAAUGGGCAACACCGUGCUUGGGGGUGCGUGCUCGCUCGCUCGCUCUCUCUCUCUCUCUCUUUCCACGCGUCCCACCUAACUUCCGAUGCGGGACGGUGCGGGGAGCAGUUCUUCAGUCUUGUAUCGUCUCUGCAACCAUCCUGCUGUUUGUGCCAGCCAUACUGUAAAUAGAUAUGAAUCAUAUAUAUAAAUAUAUAUAUAUAUAUAUAUAAUUUUGUACCUCAUCUUCAUCUAUCUCCUAGUGUUUGCUUUUUUCUAAAAAAAAAAAAAAAAUGCACACGCACACACAAAACCCCACGCAGCCUUUCUGCGCUGCGCCAUUCACACGUGUCGCCUCUUUCAUUCGGUCCUUGAGGCAGCCAAGCCCGAUACUCAAGCCGCUCAGCAGCGGGGAAAUGGUGUGUGCGGGUCCUGCGACUUGUGCCGGGCCAGUAAUGAGUGGCGAUCUAGAAAGGUGGAGGAAGAGGGUUUGAUGAGAAACUGUGAGAGUGGUGACUUUUGGAAAUAAAGUUGACCCUUGUCACGA